AUGUUCGAAGAAAGUGGAAUAAAUACCGAGAAAAUGAAAUUAAUACCAAAAAAGAACAGAAGUAAAGUUUCUGAGUAUCAUACUAAUAAAACUCCUGACUUGGACUAUCCAACAUCUGCUGAAUUGGAUCAUGCUGAUGGAAAUAAUGUUGAAAGCGAUCAUCAAAAGACACCCACCGGUUAUCAAGAGCCGCAAGAGAUAGAAGAAACAUCUCAAGUCGAUCCUGGCUGUUAA